CAGGAAUGUUAAUUUAAGCAGCAACACUGUAACUAGUUUCAAACCUGAGAAGGGAUAAACAUUGUGUUUAUUCUAUUCUUGAAUUUGCAUAUUAGUUGUGAAUCUUAUAGUGCUUCUAACUAAAAAUUCUUCCUCUAAUUCCUCUAGUUUAUUGUGCUCGUUAAGUGAAUAACAACUAUUCCUUGCGAUUAUACUGUGCGAACUUUAAAAUUUGUUCAAAUGAGCCUCGAAAUAAUUAACACUGUGGACAAACUAACGCUUUCAGAUCAAAUAGAACAAGAGAAAAUAAGCUUGCAGACAAACUGCAAACUAGAAGAAUCCAUCGACAUUUUAGAGGAUCAGCUAGCUUCAAUUGAAGAUGAAGAUAAUGAAUGGAAGACGAGAUAUUUAAUUCAGAAAGAGAUGAAUGACUACUACAAAAGGGCAUUCUUCUUCUGCGAUCAGCAAAUACCGAAGGCGAAAGCACUUCAACGAACAAUAAACCGUGCUGUUAGAAGGGGCUCAAAAUUAUCUAGCUACAUGGAUCUUGACGAAGAUUCGGUUCAAGAACUUGAGGAUUAUCGUACGUACAUAAUUAAAUUAUGUCGCGAGCUGGAAUCAAGGAUCGAUCAGGAGGGAAAGGCUUAUUACUGGGCUACAGAAAUUCGAAAACGCGCACUCAUUGAACUAAACUAUACAUAUAUACCAGCACCAGUAAGUAAGCAUCCUGUGGAGAAGAAAGAAGAUGAAAGUGAUAAACUAGUGAGGAAGACACAAAAUCGAACAUUUAAUUCUAAAUAUGGUCUGGGAAGUAAAACAAGUGGAGUGAAGAAACUGCCUCCAAUGCAUUUCUGACCGACAUCGCUGAAAACAUAUAAAACUGUGUAUGUUCGAUUAAGUAGAAGAAAUUAAAUAAAUCUUUAGCUUUUUAUUAAAC